UUUUUUGAUAAUUCUGUCAAAAAAAAAAAAAAAGCUAAACAAGCCUGGUUUUCUUCCUCCUCUCACACAGUCGAGCUGACGCUGACGAGCUCUCUUCUCCCUCUCUUCGAGUCUUCGUCUUCGUCUAUCCGUGGCCUGGAAGCUUAACUGCAGCUUCUUGAAAUCGCAGAUAAUUGGGUUGACAUUUCAGUGAAAGAGUUAUUUUCUGUUCUUUGAUUUUAGAAUUAUUGGCAGCUCUACUGUGCAUGAUGAUUGAACUCUAUUUGUCAAAACCUUUAUGGGGUGAUGCUACGAAUGCUGACUCUGGUGACCUGAGAAUGCCUCUGUACGACAAGCUGGAAAAGAUUAUUUGGGGACUUAUUACCUCUGAAGGCCGGUCAGAGGCUAGAUUGUGGCUUUGUGAGUCUAUUUCAAGCUUAAGUUCAAUUACACCACCUGAGCAGCGUGACCUAUUCACGAGGUUAUUGAAAUCAAAGCCUCGUAAGUUGGAUAUCGCUGCUCAAGUCUUUCAAAUGCUCUUUGAGAGAAGACCACAGAAAGCCGGGUUAAUCUUGGCUAAGAAAAGUCGCAAGCUUAAAAGGUUCUUUGAAGGACAUCCAAAACGGAUCUUGCAAUGGUUUUCAACCUUUUCUAUUGCGGGUGAUUCAGCACACGGAAAGGGUGCAAAGUCACUGGCUCAGUUUGCCUUUGUGAACAGGGACAUAUGUUGGGAAGAGCUCGAAUGGAAAGGAAAACAUGGACAAUCACCAGCAGUUGUUGCUACAAAGCCUCAUUAUUUUCUCGAUUUGGAUGUUCAACUUACAGUGGAGAACUUUUUGGAGAAUAUACCUGAGUUCUGGUCGUCGGAGGAAUUUUCUGAGUCCCUUAAAGGUGGUGAGAUCUUAUCGGUUGAUAAUAAGUUCUUUGUAGAUUUCUUCCUUGAGUUACUGUACGAAGAUAAUCUGCAAGAAGUUUGGGAAGUUGUUGGUCAGUUUCUUACGGAUGAAUCUUUUGCUUAUCUUUGUCAACAUCUUCUAAUCAUUCUUGAUGAACGGGAUCUACGUACAUUAUUGCUAAUGCUUCAAGAUCUUCUUACUAGAAGAAAAAGAUCUCUAAACUUUGAUGAUACAUCUUAUUGGCUGGAGAUUGUGAUUUGCAAGUGUGGUGACCAAGUAUCUAUUGAUCAGUUGUUUCUGUUGAACGCACUGUAUAACAAAGGAAGGCUACUUUUGCGGUUGGUACAUAGUGAAGAAACCGAGGAGAAGGUUAAAAUUGAUGAUUUAGUUUUAGGGAUCUGUACACAUACAAGUGAAGCCAAGAGUUUGGCCUCGAUUUCCAACGAACUCUUGAAGUCAAAGACUAUUGAAGUGAUGAAAUGGCUUGGUCUUCUUUCAUGGAGCCUUCUUUACAGGUUGUCUAAGGAAUGUCAUACUUCUGAAUCCUGGGAAGCUCUGUUUGUCAGUAACAACAUUGGGUUCCGUAAAUCUGAUAUAUUUGGUACCGAACUUGAUGGAACUUCAGAGAAGAGUGAACUGGACUUCGUUGAAAAAACAGUAACUAAAGGUAAACGUAAAAGGAGGCAAAACAAGAAAAAUAAAAGGAGAAGGAAUCGAGAUUUUGAUGAAUUCAGUGAUGAGGACUUGCUUCACCUUGAUUAUUCAGAUGAUAAAUUCAAUCUCCAAUCUAGUUCUAUUAGCUGGUUGCUUUCUAGUGAUGGGUAUUCGACUUCAUGGAGCUUGGCUGAUUUACCUGAACAUUUAUCAAAGCAUUGUCUGAGAGAAUGGAUGAAGCAGACUUUUGAAUUUAUGUGAAUUUCACAAAAUAUUCGGGUUUGAGGAUGAGAAGUGCAGCCAUACAAGUCUUUCGCCAUCUUAAGCGCCAUCAUACUGAAAAUUAUUUUAAAUUGGGACACGGGACACAAGUAUCAUCAACUCAGUAAGCAGAUAUCUGACGCUACUGUAAUCUAUGUAGUGCUGAACUUUAAUGUAUCAUUCACCAAAGUGCUAACAACUAGAUACUUGGAUGAUGUGAUGCUCUAGUAAAAGAAGUUGUGAAUUCUCCUUGAUUUCUUCUUUGAUGCAUACUUGUAUGUUGCUGCAUAAAAUUGUACAUGAUUAUGCAAAGAAGUGACAAAGAAGUGACCAAAGUGUAUGAUUAUCCUCUUGCUGGACCUAACAAGUGUUGCAUAUAGUUGAGCUGAAAGUAGGGCAAUUUGGUACUUAUAGCAUGACCUGUGUAAGAUUUGCAGCUGACACCGGCGAGGGCCUGUAACCUUACCUCUAUAUUAGCACGUUGCUCGUCUCAAAUUCAGACCUGUAAGGGAUAAAUGAGGAUUGUAUCGAGCAUUUAACCAAAUUGGUAAACAAAGUGAAUUUUGUGCGACAAA